GCAGGUGAGGGCUAUUCAAGAUGGCGGCCAGAAGACUGUUCUCCCUCUGUCACCAGGCUGGUACACAAAGCAGAUUUGUACUUGUCAGACAUGUGAGCAGCGCCACCUUGCCAUCCAUUCAGGAAGUGCGGUCAAAGCUUAAGGACCUUGUCGGAGCUCAGAAGUUUUGGAGUGUUGAAGCGGAGGAUCGGUCAAAGCUGGCCUCCCAGCUGCCGGUCAGUCAGGACGAGCUGACCCCCCGCCGGUCAGCAGACUCCCGGCAGCAGGCGGUCAUCCCGCUGUCCACCAACGAGCGUCUCCGUGAGAAGUACAUCAACUUCUUCAAGGGCAUCAGGUUUGGCCGUAUCCUUGAAGAUCUGGACACCUUUGCUGUGUGGGUCAGUUAUCAACACAACAAGGACCCGAACAAGGCGGAGGGGCAGAAAUCAGCCCUGUCUAUUGUCACUGCACUGGUCGACAGGAUAGGAAUGCAUGAGCAGUUUAUCUACCCAGACUGUGACAUCAGGAUGACAGGGAACGUCACCUGGACAGGGAAAACCUCCAUGGAGGUCACCAUGCAGCUGGAACAGCUCCGUAUGGAGAAGUGGCACAAAAUGCUGGAUGCCUGUUUUGUGAUGGUGGCCAGGGAUCCCAUCAACAAAGGUUCCGCCUUCGUCCACCGGGUGGUGCCUGAAACUGAGGAGGACAAGGCACUGUUCCAACUAGGAGAAAGUCAUAAGAAGAUGAGAAAGGAGCAGACUUUGCAGUCACUCUUCAGGCAACCCCCAACUGCUGAGGAGCGGCAGUCCAUCCACGACAUAUUCCUCAGUACACUCAAUCCCAAGUCGGUGAGUUUUCGCGACCGCGUGAAACCGGAGAACACACUCUGGCUGGACGACACGAUACUGAAGAACGUCAUCAUCUGUCAUCCAGAGAAUAGAAACUUGUACAGUAAGAUGUUUGGUGGCUUCCUGAUGAGACAGGCAUUUGAGCUGGGAUGGUCCAACGCUUGCCUCUACUGCAAAUCUCGUCCAUUCAUCGAAGCUGUUGAUGACAUCAUGUUCAGAGGACCUGUGGAGGUCGGCUCGCUGCUCUUCAUGUCAUCAGAGGUUGUCUACACCAAAGGUCAGUACCUGCAGGUCAGAGUUCAUGCUGAAGUUGUUGACCCCAAGACGGGUGAACAUGAGACCACCAACAUCUUUCACUUCUCCUUCAGCAGUCCCCAACCUAUCCCCAAGGUCCUGCCUAGGACAUAUGCAGAGUCCAUGCUGUACUUGAGUGGGAAGAGGCACUUUGAAUCAGCAGUCGGGAAGUAGGAAAAUUUCUCACCCCACCAACUGCAACACUGCUGUUAUUAAAACAACAAAGAAUGUCUGAGACGUGGUCAACUUGAUGUCUUCCCAAAACUGAGGACAAAGCUGUGUCUGCUGCCAUGUCAGUGUUCCUAUUUGUAUUUCAGUGUAGCUGUUUGUAAACAUUUUAAGACCAGUGUACUAAUGUCAGUCUUCCUAUCAUUUUGACAAAGUUUUAUCGUGGAUGGGAGUUUAAAAUUUUGUCCGAUCUGUCAUCAUUGACAGACAAAAAUUGGCAUGCAAAGAUAUGGAAUGAGAUGUCAUUAAACUAAACUUAGUCUACCAGCAAAAUGUGCCGCUCAAAAUGCAGGAAAUAGAGGGUCAAGUAUUUUGAAACAUUUUGCCAGGAGAGCAUGUCCCAGGGCCAUCAUUGUAUUGUCUGUGGCGGGAUGCUUCGUGCCUUUAGCACUCAACAUGAUGUUACAUUUUGUACAUGUACAUCAAACAAAAUUGAAAUUACAAAAAUUAAGGCUGGAUAGAACACUGCUUUUAAACCCUUCCCAAUAACCACUUUUAAAUAUCUGCAGCUUGAAUUUAAAAUCUAAAGAAUACUUACAAUUUAACAGAUAAAAUACAAAAAUGCUAUAUAAUGUACCUUUGAGCUAUGAUCCAUUGAAAUGCAAAUCAAGGACACCAACAUGGCCGCCAGCAUACUUAACUGAUAUGGGAAAGUGAGUGAAAAGCUCUGUUUGUAGUUUCAGAGUAAGAUUCAUGAAUACCAAAGUCAUACGUCAUCAGUACUUGGGACAUUAGGUGUCAAAUUGUCAGGAUUGUCCGUGUGCACUUGAAGGUAAACUUGGGAUUUGGUAUAAUCUAGUUUGUAGUGCAGGAAUUUCACAAACUUAGAAUACAGAAUGAUAUCGUUUACAAACAAACUGUUAUGGAAUGGUAGUCUACUAUAAUGAUCACGUGCAUUUAGUCCAUCUAAACAGGAAUAUGAAAUAAAGAUUCAUAUUGUAA